AUGGCUCUGGCAGAUGUGGUACAUGAGGCUCAGGAGCCGUGCUCUGUGCUGUACAGUAAAGACUCCUUCCCUCUCCUGGAGGAACGCAUCACAGCUCUGGAACAGCAGUGUAUUGAGGCUCUCCAGCAACAGGGAUUUCACAGAUCACAGAUUGAUACGGAGCCGUUCCUGCACCUCCGCUACGAGCGUACGGACUGCGCCCUCAUGUGUUCAGUGAAGGGAUACCCAGCACACCCUGACUCCUGCCAUGCCGGGGACUUCAAAAGUGCCUUCACAGCCAGGUACAUGAAAGAGUUUGGAUUUACCAUCCCAUCCAGACCCAUUGUGGUAGAUGACAUCCGUGUGCGAGGGACUGGGAGCACUGGUAUCCGCUGCGAGAGCCGUAUCAGACCUAGUGGACGUCCGGCACGUAUAGAACAUGUAACUCAAUGCUACUUUGAAGACGGGUAUAAGGAC